AUGGAAUCUAAUCAAGUGAACAUAAUUUCUGUGGAAAUGGUGCGUGAUAUUUUUACAACAAUGUUUCAAAAGCAACAGCAGGAUAUUGUUCAGUUAAUUAGCAGUAAUCUGAAGAUCACAAACGAACAGAUUGGUGAAUUAGACAAAAAACUGAAAGAAAUUGCAUCAUCAUAUGAAGCUAUCCAAGAAGAAAAUAGGACAUUAAAAAAUAAUCUUUUUGGAGCAAUUGAAAAAAUUAAAGCCUUAGAAAAGGACAAAAAAGAUAUAGAGGAAAGCUUGACAGUGACACAAAGUUUGAAUGAGGAAAGUUUUAAAAAAAUGGAAGCUGGCUUACUUGAACAGACAACGAAUCGUAAAGAACAAUUGAGUAUUUAUGAGGAAAAACUACGACACUUAGAGGAUAGACAAAGAAGAAACAAUUUACGUAUUGAUGGGUUGGGAGAAAGCGAGUCGGAGAGAUUGUCGAAUGUGCACGUAGAGAGAGCACACCGCACAGGAGAGGAAAGCAAUGGGAAAAAGCGUACUAUCGUACUUAAACUGUUGGACUAUAAGGAUAAAGUUAAUAUUUUAAACAACUCGAAGAAACUAAAAGGCACCGGAAUAUAUGUAAAUGAGGAUUACUCCACUUCGACGAAUCAGAUUAGGGCGAAUCUCUUCAAGGAAAUGAAGAUUCAUAGAGAAAAUGGUAAAUAUGCUAUCGUUCUUUAUGAUCGUCUUGUUGUUAGGGAGUUUAAGAAACCGAAAAACAUUGUUUAA